AUGAUGGAACGCAAAACAAAGCGAAAUUCUCCUCCUCCACUUCAUACAACAACAGCAGCAGUGCUAGAUCAUAAACCCACGGAGAGCGGGUUCGCCAAAUGGUCAAAAGUGCUUCAAUUGAUAUCACCACCAAACAAAAAGCGUAGAGCAGUGGCGUUGAUUGGACAAUCUUGCGAGAAUAGCGAUGAUGAAGAUCAAGAUGAGAACAGUGAAAGUGACAGUGAGAGCGAUGACGAUGAUGAUCACCAAGCAAUGAUUGUCUUGAGGACUCAAAGACCAGAUAGUAUGAACAAACAGAAAAUGCUGAAUCGACGAGCCAUGUAUAUACCCAAUCCAGUUCAACAGCAACAAUGCCAUGAUGGCCCAAAAGAUGCAUGGCACAAAUGGACACUCUAUCGUGCAACCUAUCAUAAGCUCCGCAGAAAUUUGUUGCCACUUUCGGAAGGUCUUCAUUUAAGGCGAAUGCUGGUUCAUUUGCAACAAGAUGAGUCCAUUCAAGAUCAUAUUCAGCAGCACCAUAAAAUGUCAGCGCGUCGUAACCAUAGCAACAACGAUGAUGAAGACAACAUCCCAUUGGGAACAUUGCUAGAAAAUAAAAAGUUAGCAACGGCAGCACCAGAGAGAUGUUCAUCACCACCACUACCGCCCAUGAUGGCAGCUCCCACUGCUGCUAAAUCAAAGGCAUUUUGUCAACGCAUGGUAGUUGCUCGUCCACCAGCUGCUUUGAACUUGUUUUAUCGACAGCCAUGCUAUUACUACAACAAUAUGCAAUCAUUCCCUGUACAACUUAUAUAA